GGAUAUGAGACCAAUGCACAAGGCAGGGAGGCGUGGUUCCGGUAUGCCUGUGUGAUUUCCCAGACCAAGAGCCGAGCAUUGCCAUUGUCAGUCGAGGAGAAGGGAGAAUAGACCUCUUGUCCGCAGCAUCAUGAGAUGGUCUCGUUGUUUAUCCUUCUGUUUCUGUAUCUCCUCAUGGGGGAUAUUUGUGAGAAGCCUUCCUACAUUACCUCAUGUGACAGACUACCAAAUUGUCACACCUCGGAUACUGAAAGUUCAAUCACAAGGGAGUUCUUCUCAACAGACAUACCCUGAUGUAGUCCAGUACUCUGUCGCUUUAGACGGACAGAACUACACUCUCCAUUUAGAGAAGAACAGGGAUCUUGUCGGAAAGCAUUAUGCACUGACCCACUACUCAGAAGACGGUGCCGAGGUUGUAACAACCCCAGAUCAUGAGGACCACUGUUACUACCAUGGGCACGUUGUGGAUAUGGAAGACUCCUCCGUCAGUGUGGGACUGUGCUCGGGGAUACAGGGGUUUGUGCACGUGGCUCAGCAGUCAUACCUGAUUGAACCUCUAGGGGACCAUGUGACAGGAAAGCAGUCGAAGGGGGAGGAGCCUCACACGGAAGGGGAGGAGCUCCAUGCGGUGUAUCGGCAGGAACACCUGAGGAGAAAGAGAAGCUCCUGUUCCUAUGACAACAUCACAGUGUACGACCAUGGUUCCCUUCCAUCUGGGAUGUACCAUCUUGGCAGCCUGAGAAGCGAGGCCCAGACCAAGGCCCGGACUGGUGAGCGAAGGGUCGUGGAAAUGGUUAUAGUGGUUGACCACACAGAGUAUAAGAAGUUUGGUGACAGGAAAUUGGUGGAGGCCAGAAUGCUCCAGGUUGCCAACCAUGUGGACAAGCUGUAUCGCUCUGUUGGGCUGCGUGUGAUGCUGGUGGGUCUGCAGAUGUGGUCCUACAGAGACCUGAUGGAAGUCAGCUCGGACCCGAACAAGACCCUGACACGCUUCCUGCAGUGGCGCCAGGACAGCCUGCUGAACAAGAUCAAACAUGACAAUGCACAGUUCGUCACAGGUGUGGAUUUUCAAGGGUCCACUGUUGGCUUGGCACCCACCAAAUCUAUGUGCUCUAUCAUAUCUGGGGCUGUCAACGAGGACCAUAACCAGAACCCAGUGGGAGUGGCCUCUACCAUUGCCCAUGAGUUGGGCCACAACCUGGGAAUGUCCCAUGAUGCAACACACUGCCGCUGUGGAUCGUCGGCAUCUGCCAAAGGCUGCAUUAUGGCUGAGACAGUUGGGUUUGUUUAUCCGAAGGGGUUCAGCAGCUGCAGCCGGCAGCAGCUCAGCACCUUCCUGGAGGAGGAGAAUCCUUUGUGCCUGUUGGACUCUCCCUCUGUGGACCGCAUCUACGGGGGACCUGUGUGUGGCAACGCAUAUGUCGAGCCUGGAGAGGAGUGUGACUGUGGCACUGUGGAGGAAUGCAUGAACUCUUGCUGCAACGCCUCCACCUGCAGACUGAAUGCCGGAGCCCAAUGUGCAGAAGGAGACUGCUGCCACGACUGCCAGCUGAGGCCAACAGGCAGCGUGUGCCGAGCCAGAUCCGGUGACUGUGACCUGGCCGAACACUGUACUGGUUUCUCCCCUCUGUGCCCCGUUGAUUCCUACACUCAGAACGGGCUGCCCUGUAACCGCGGCAACGGAUACUGCCACAACGGAGAGUGUCCCACGCACACGCAACACUGCAAGAGGCUGUGGGGACCAGAUGCUGAGGUGGCAGACAACGCCUGUUUCCUGUCGCCAAACAAGCAGUGCAGGAAGAGCCUGUAUGGACCCCAGAGGUGUCCGCCACAGGAGAUGUGGUGCGGGAAGCUGUACUGCACCGGUGGACGGAUGUUUCCGGUUACACGUCACAAGUACAUCCACACUCUCAAUGGAGUGAAGUGUAACGAGGCCAGCAUGGAUGCCACAGACAGCUCUGAGGACAUUACUAUGGUGCCCACCGGCACAAAGUGUGGCACCAACAUGGUGUGCUAUGACCAACGCUGCCAGGACAUUAAGGUGUAUGGCACAGACGACUGCUCUGCCAAAUGCAACAACCGGGGGGUCUGCAACCAUGAGAAGCAGUGCCAUUGUGACCCUGGCUGGGCCCCGCCCUACUGUAAUGUGAAGCUGUCAGAACAGGCUGCUUCAGGGAUGAAAACAGUUAUCAUCAGUGUAUCCCUGGCUGGAGUUCUCCUCCUGCUCCUCAUCCUGGUCUUUGGAGGUCUGCGAUUCAGGAGAAACUGCAGGAAGGAACAUUCCUCUAAAGGCCCCCUGCGCUCCACCUCGGGCCAGUCCAACCCCUUGUUUCAGUCAGGCAGCCCCCGCCAAGGACCCCCUCGCAUCAGCCAACCCACGUUCGUGGAGUCGUCUGCUACCCAGGCCAACGCCCCCCUCUCCCUGUCGGUGGGCCGGGCCCCGUGCAAGUUCCUCGCUGUCACCGUGGUCCCCAGCAGACCUGCCCCCGAGCCCCCCAGGAAGACACCUUCAGUGCUGCCCCCCAGGCAUAAAACAGAACAGGUUGCUAGACCAUGUCUGCCACCACCAAUUGUUCCAGUCAAGAAUGUGGUAGAGCCUAAACCAAAGCCUCCAUCCAGACCUUUGCCUCCUCUGAGCCCGAGAUCGGUCACAAAGCCAAAGCCUCCUAUACCGUCUGUGAAGCCUGUUGUAAUUCCCUCUCCAUGGAAACAGAAUCAACUGGCAGCAGGCAAGGCUGCCUUAAAGCCCCCCACCAGACCCAGAUGACGGAGAGGAACCCUGAGGUGAAACCCUUUUAAAUGGUCUGAGAGGAGGGCCUUUUGGCUGUCCCACAGGGAGAGGCCUGGCUGGCUGAGCAACUUGUCAAGCAUGCCAGGUUCCUGAUACUGAAUGGGAGCUGGCCUGCAUGGAACAGAGGAGACCUGGUCCUCAGAGUCUGUCUGCUGCAGGGGGAGCCGCUCUGAGGAACAUCAGCCCCUACCUAAGCCUCGCCUAGUUUGCAGUUUGAUCACUGUCUGUGCCUUGUGCGUGUGUGUUUGUGUGGCUUGUGUGAGUGUAUGAAAGUGCUUGCGUGCGGACGUGUCUGUGAUUGACACACUCCUUCGCUUUCUUGUUUUUUGACAACUGGCUAUGCCGCCAUGAAGAUAAUGCUGAUGAUGAUGUGGAUUUUAUUUUAAGAAGAACUUCUCCUCUGUAUUUAAUGAGUAAGCACUUGCACAGCAAAUCAUUCUUUUUAUAGUUUUUUGACUCUUUACUGACUUUCCUUUUACUUCACCAACUUUCGGUACGCCUCUUAGACAAAGCACCAUUUUCAGGGACUCCUUUGUUGUCCCCUUGCACGAGCAUGGACUUCUUAUGACAGAGGGCCAAACUGCAUUGUUAAUUUCACCCUGUACUACUGUGUAGGGUUUGCCUUAAGGUGUUGUUAUUUUGUGUCUGUUGACAUGUUGCUGCUGAUGUACUUUUUAUUGAUUUUUUGAAUAAUGUAAGGGAUAUUUUUUAUAGAUGUUACAUUCAGCUGGUCUGUUAGACUCAGUCUGAACCAUUGUUCUAAUUUCUGAACGUUUUGCCUUGUAUUUCUAUGCACAUUUUUGUACCUGAAAAUAAACUUGACAAAAAAGACUGUCAGACUGACGUUUUG